UUUUUUCCCAAUUUUCCUGCGGUUUGACUAUAUCAUUAGCCACUCUUGAGAUUUCCCAGUCCAUCACUUCUCUCUCUCCCAGAGUCUCCCUCCAAACCCUUCUGGGGUUACUCUUCCCCAAAUCCCCCCUUUAGGGUUUUCAGAUUCAUCCCAAUUUUCCCCAAAUUCAACCCUUUUAAAGAUAAAAAAUUUUCAUUUUUUUUUUAAUUCAAUUUUUUGAUUACCUAACCGUAUAGCUGUAGUAAUUGGAGUUAAUUUGAUUGUUUUACGAUGAAGCUGAUCGAAGAGGAAAUCACUUCUUGCUUUGAGGAUCGCAAGUUGUUUCCUCCGGGUUUCCGAUUCCAUCCCACCGAUGAAGAGCUGAUUCUGUACUAUCUGAAGAGGAAGAUCUGCCGGCGGCGGCGCAGGAUGGACGUCAUCACCGAGACCGACGUCUACAAGUGGGACCCUGAAGAGCUUCCUGGUAUGUGGUUUACGCUCUGAUUCUGUUUUUCUGAUGAAUUAUUUUUUAAGUUGGGUCCGUUUAUAAUUCAUGGGCUGUUGACGUUGACUUAAUCGUAUUAGCAUCCUUGAUUGCCUGCUUGAGUCUGUGGUAUAAAUUUCUUCAUUUGGAAUCCUGUCUUUUUUCUGUAUAUGCGAAUCCGACGGAUUCUUGUGCUUUUUAUGUUUAUGUGAUCUGAUGGAUGAUUGUGUAUUUGUGUUUAUGUGAUCCUGAUUGGUUUAUAAGGGGUACAGUGUUGUCUUUGUUAUCUCACUUUUGCCUGUAUGCUUUCUAUUUGCAAUUCUUUUUCCUUUUUCCCCUCCACGAGGGGUCCUUUGUAGUUUGCAGGUGUUUGUGUUUGGAGUAAUGGUUUGGGUUGUCUGUUAAUAGCUGAUUUGGCCCCUUUAGAUUAUUAAUGUGUUGUUUCUCUUUGAAUUGGUAUUUUGCAAGUCCAAGUGAGGUUUGUUGGGAUGAUGGUGUUCUUUGAUUGUAAAUCCUGUGGUUCAACAUCUGUUGGAUGAAUUGUUCAUGAUUUAUCUCAGUAUUUGGUCGGGUAUGAAUGGAGUGAUUUUUUCAGGCUACAAUUUAUAAUAGUUUAUAAUAGAUGAAACAGGAAUAGGGAAACCAAUGAUUAUUUUGUUGUCUAUGAACAGAUACCCGUAUGUCAAAUCAAUGGCUUUUCUCCCAGCCUCCUGUUUUUUUAAUUAAUUGCUUAAAUGAUAAAGGUUUGGUUUUCUGUAUCUCACUUGUGGUUUGCCUUUGGAUUCUUUUGGAAAAUUAUUGUCAAAAGUUGCUGGCUACUGCACUUUCUGUUCUUCCUUCGGACAGAUAUUCUAUGCUUGGUUUUCUCCACAGUUGUUGAGUUUGCAGAUUAUGUCAGUGGCUUACUAUUUUGAACAUUAUACUGACCUGCCUUAUUUUAAUCGGUAUUGCAGGAUUGUCUAAAUUGAAAACUGGCGAUAGGCAGUGGUUCUUCUACUCUCCCAGAGAUAGGAAAUACCCUAAUGGAGGAAGGUCAAAUAGGGCAACAAGGCAUGGGUAUUGGAAAGCUACUGGAAAAGAUCGUAUUAUUACAUAUAAUUCUCGUGAUGUUGGAGUGAAGAAAACUCUGGUUUAUUACAAAGGUCGUGCACCUAGUGGUGAACGCACAGACUGGGUUAUGCACGAAUAUACUUUGGAUGAAGAUGAGUUAAGAAGGUGUGAGUCUGCAAAGGAUUAUUACGCACUUUACAAAGUGUAUAAAAAGAGUGGACCUGGUCCAAAAAAUGGUGAGCAGUAUGGUGCUCCUUUCAGGGAGGAGGACUGGACUGAUGAAGAAGUUGAAAACAAUGAACUUGUUAGCCAGGAGAUUUCUGUGAAACCUGUCGAUGAAGUUCCUGCUGUCGAUGAGGGCCGAGUGGAUCGUCAGGCGCAGUUCUCAAGUGAUCUUGAGGAGUUUGUGAAUAGGAUUGUUGAUGUGCCCCCUUUGUCAGUUGCUGACUAUGGUUUUGCUCUGGAGGAGCUUGCUAAUGAUGAGGAAGCUCAGAGUAAUCUAGUUGAUCUGUCCUCCCGGGAUAUUAGUUUACAUGAUCAAAGGAUUAUUCUUCCUCAAGCCCGUACACAGUACCAUGCACAAGGCAGCUUUGACUUUACCCAGUCAGGUACAUCUCAGUUGCAAUUGCAUGAGGCAUCUGAGGUGACAUCUGCCUCAAGGAGUCAGGUGCCGUACUCCGAUGCCGUGGAAGAUGAUUUCUUUGAAGUACAAGACUUUUUGGAGAUGGAUGAUCUUGUUGGUCCACAACCAUCUGUUCCAAAUUCUGGAAAAUCAAUAGAAACCCUGGACGACCUGGAAUUCAAUGAGUUUGAUGGGUUGGGUGAGCAUGAUUUGUACAAGGAUAUGCCUCCUCUGGGUUUCACUGGAUUGGAAGUUGGCCAGCAGGGGAAGAGUUUUCCACCUUACUUGAACAACCUGCAGAAUGAAGUUGCAAACCCUGUUUCAAAUUUUUAUUUCAACAACAAUACUGAGCCAGAGCCUGAGCCUAUAAGCUAUGAGCAGACAUAUUUAAGCAAUGCACAGAAUGCGACUUCCCAGCAGUGGUUACAUGAUCAAAGGAGCUUUGUCUAUACAGCUUCAGAAUCGCAUACGGGAACCAUUCCUCCAUCCACUUCAGGUAUGGUUUAUGAUGGUAACUUUUUGAAUCAUGGUUCUGGAGCUGAUAACAAUCAGAGUGGGCAACUGAACGAUGGUACAGACUCUUGGAUCUCUUCAGCUUUAUGGUCUUUUGUGGAGUCUAUACCGACCACUCCUGCUUCAGCUUCAGAAAGUGCGUUAGUGAAUCGAGCAUUUGAACGAAUGUCUAGCUUUGGUAGAGUAAGAAUAAAUAGCAGGAACACGAAUGUUGCCACAGGUGAUACCUUAGCAACUUCAAGAAGUUCCCGCAAAUGUAAGGGUGGAUUUUUCUGUUUUUCGUUAUUAGGUGUGAUGUGUGCAAUCUUAUGGAUGAUGGUAGGAACCUCUAUAGGAGUGUUGGGAAGGUACCUAUCCUGGUAGAUAACUGUGUAGAUGGAGAUUUUGUUUGCUUUGACCAGUGUUCCGCUGGAAGAAUCAAUAGAAGUAAAAGCUAGUUAACUGUAAUAACGCAUGUAUGUACAACCUGAAAUCUUGAUUUUCAAAAUUCAAAAAAAGAAGUGAAAAAAAAGAAAAGAAAAAGAAAAGGAAAUUCAAAAUUCCCAAUAUUUGUGUCAUUAAUGGGGUAUAUUUUGUUCUCGUUUUUUUUUUUUCGCUCAUGUUUAAGAAUCUCAUGGUUGGUACUACAAGUGAUAAGAUACUUAAGGCGAUACUACUUCUGUUUAACAGUUCGACUGCCUGCUUAUUUGGUUGGGAAACUUGGCUUAAUGUUGCUCCUGGUUGAGGACUAGUAGUAGUUGCUUUUGGCGACUGGUUCUCGUCUCCCUAACCUUUCUGGGAAGAUUACGCAGCUAAAUUUUUUAAGCUGCUCCAGCUUCUUGCAACUGCUAUAUUUUGCCUUACUACCGGGAGAUGUCAAUUUAACCAUGUUUAAUGCAAUAUAGCAUUGAGUUACAAUGGAAACCAUUUCUAUUGUAAAUGUAGCAGAUGAUUGUAAAUGAUGCUGUUGAUGUAGGGAACGAUGUUUUUGUAUGUAGUUUCUUCUUUAUGUGAGGGUGAUAUCUCCCUCAGCUCAAUUCUGGUACUACGAGUUCAAUCGUCAAAUGGUCAAUUUUUAUUUUUUUUUUCCCAUUCCUUGCAGUUAGACAGGUGGCGCAUGUGGAUGCCGAUUAUGAAUUUUCACUCCCAACUGUAACAAGUUUGAGGUAAUGUUACUACUCAUGCUUCAACCAGAUGUCGUAGAAUAUGGUUAAAUUUUAAGUCCAGGGUUCUAUUUCGCUCAUUGGAGAAGUUACUAUCAGGAUGGCAGCAAUAAAUUUGUAAUGCUCAAAGGUGGCUGGGAAUAAUCACACUUAGCGACGGUGAAUAUUACGAAAAUUUGAAAAAAAGAGUGAAGACAAGUUCAUCACAGAUGGAGCAAAUUUUACAUUUGCUUCAGUAACAACUCACUUCUGGAGUUUUGCCAUCAUCAUCGUGUACUAAAAUAUGUACAAUCCUUCGUAUAUUUUGACCACCGAUCAGUCGGAUUAAAUAUGUAUAAUAUCCUUGUUUAUUUUGGAAGCUUUAAAGGUUCUUUGUUUAUUAUUUUUUCAAUGAG